AUUUUCGCAUGGUUGCAGAACCCACAACUAAAAUCUUUCAGCGAGAAUCAGAAGCUUUAUCUUCAGUGCCCCAAUACAUAUGGAAUUUUUGCUGUGUCAAUUUUCUGAACUUUCAUUUUAAAGCAUAUCGGAACAUCAGCUUGACGAGGCAGGAUUUAAUUGAAUCCGUGGAGUAUGGGAAACAGCACUGACGAAUCGUCUCCGUCGCUUCCUAUGUUUCCAUUUUACCUGAGGGUUUUGAAGUUGAGUUUAUACGUCAUAAUUUUCGUUAUAAGCCUUGUCGCAAACAGUCUUGUUUGCAUCGUCAUUUUGAGACGUAAAAAAAUGAAGACAGUCACAAAUUAUUUCAUUCUUAACUUAGCCAUCGCUGAUCUGACGCUGAACUGUUUUUGCAUCCCAUUUGAUAUACCAGUACAAGAAUUGAACUCUAUCUGGCCGUACGGUUCAAUCAUGUGUAAAAUAUUGUACCCCAUACAAACACUGUUGCUCUUCGCCUCUGUGAAUACUCUAACAGCAGUAAGCCUGGCUAGGCAAAGGGCCAUUGUAUAUCCUAUGAAGAGGCAGCUGACCAAAUCUGGCGCUAAAAUAAUCAUAAUUGGAUUGUGGCUGUUUGCCUCCAUUCCCGUUAUUCCGUAUUUUCAAGCGUUACGAUUUAAUCCAGAGCUCCACAUCUGUGAGGAGAGCUGGAACGACUCCACCUCCACCAAAGUGUACACUUCAGUCAUCUUCUUCUUCCAGUAUCUCCUGCCAUUCUGUAUAAUGUUCACUGCAUAUUUUAGCAUCAGCCAAGAAUUGAAAAGAAGAGCGGAGAAUGGCAACCAGUCUAUGAAAGAUGUUCAGGAGUUGGAGGCCCGGAAAGUAGUACGCAUGCUGAAGGUGGUGACGACGCUGUUCGCUAUGAGUGUACUGCCAAACAACGUCAUGUGGCUCUGGCUGGAUUAUGGAGACGCUGAGAGGAAAUGCAAAUAUUUUUGGGAGUUGAUCGCCUUCACAAAUAUUCUAAUAUUUUCCAACAGCGCUGCCAAUCCUAUAUGUUACACUAUCUUAAAUGAAAAUUAUCGACAGGAAAUAUCGAGGUUAAUUGCAUGUAGAUCAUGCAAACUCCGGGACAUGCUGGGAAAAAAGGAAAACAAAGCUGUCAGUAAGCAACUUUCCAUUGAAGAAGCUAAGAAAAGAUCAUCCACCGUGUCAUCUUAUGUUAUGAAUAAAUUUCUUCUUGACAACUAGAACCAGCUGCAGGUAGUCAAUAUUGCCUCAGCUCAAUUAAAGACAUUUUCCGGCAGACAUCCUGUCAGGCAAUGAUUAUAAUGUUUCAUGGUAGCGCUUGCUACUCAUCUCGUCUUGCUACUACGAUUUUAAAGAUCAGGACGAUUCCGGGAGUAAUGUGCAAUCUUAAUUAUAAUGAGUACCAGUACUAGUAUUUGAAUACAAAAGCAGAUAGAUGCGUUUUGAUCAGUCUUGUUGGUUUAAUUCGUUAAGUUGAUAUGCUUUGUAAGAGUACCGCUGAUCAGAAUAACAUUAAACACAGUUUCUCCAGCCAUGUGCGUUUCAAGUUUGUCGAUGGAUUUCAUGGCCGUCUUGUAUAAGUAUGACCAUCUGUAUACUAUGUGUGGAUUGUUUUAGUUGUUGUUGUCACACAGUAAACA